CCCUGCCCCCAACCCCCUGCCCCUCUCCCCCGCUGCGGCGCCGUUAGGUUUUCUGCUGGCGCAGCUCGCCUCGGCGCUAGCACCCUCUCACCGCCCCGCCUCGCCCAACGGCAGGACUCCCGCCACGCGGCUCGCUCGACCUGGUCUCUUGCUCCUACUGCCUCAGCAUGAUCCCGCGCUGGCGCACGGCCCUCUCCGCCAUGGUGCGUGCGUUGCGGGUCGGCGGCCAGCUCGCGCUCGUGGACUUCACCUGCCGCUCCGACGCGCCCAAACACUGGUCGCAGAAGCUCAACCAGUGGUGGUUUGCCAACGACGGCGUCUUUCUGAGCCGGGAGCACACAGCCGCGCUGCAGCAGCAUGGCGCGCUGCGGACCCUCUGGUUCCACGAGAGCGAGCGGCGGGUCGUCUACACGCCGCUGCACGCAACGACGUACCUCUACGUCGGGCUCAAGGUGUCGGACGUGGAGUUUGAUUGGUCUUGACUACGUCUCGAAGGGUUAUGCCUUUGUAGGAAGGCUGCCAUAUGGAGGCUGCCUGUACGCUCUAGUAUGUAGUAAGGACAUACGUGACGUCGU